AUGCCUGACCCGAACAUGCUCUGGUACCCGGAGUCCUGCGCAACCAUCAUCAAACAGGAUCGCCCAGGGCCAGUAGUUCGUGCUGGCACUACCCACGCCCAAGCACUGCUCGAGUUCGUCAAGGCACCACACGCUGCGGGCGCUAGUCCACCUCCUGGCUUCGCCGCUGCUCCUGGCAGCUCACUCGGCCUCCCAGUGGACCUCGGGCGACUACCAGGCAGCACUUUACAGCUCGGGCGUAACAUCUUUAAUGCAUUCGACGCCAACACGGGCGACAGCGGUGAGCUCUUGGGUCCCCUCGAAAGCCUUCCGAUCCUUCCCGCGUACCAAACUGAGCAGAGAUUCAACCCUCAUGACCUCGCACGUCAACUCAUCGAAGCACGAGCGGACGGUAACGUCUGGGACAUCGUAGAAGGCGUCAGGACUGGACUUAUCAACGACAUCGCAGAGGAGAAGAGACUGAACGCCAAGCUCGGCCUCCCAGGUCCAAUCAACUUCAACGACAUCUGGGAUCCGUACGGGCGCCAAUACAGGGCAGCAGUCGAAGCCACCCCAGAAUGGAACAGACCUGAGCUUCCUGAUCUUCCACUUCUCGGCAAGAAUGGCGAGUGGCAGUCGGUCUCCACGCUGGCCUUGAAAGCUUUGGAAGAGAUCGCGCCACAGGAGACGGAGAAGGAGACUGAGGCGUGGAAAUGUAUUGCUCUCGGUGGUGGGAAGCGUGGUGAUAAGCUCCGCGUGGUGGACGGUGCAUGGAGUGGUUGGAGCAAGUACCUUCCCCGGAGCAGAACUCAAACCCGGAGUAACGAUACUGGCUAUGAGAGCUGGGAAUAG